AUGAAGAAACAGGGUUGUGAGAUUGAGGCCAUUGGCAUCAACUACACAAUCUACCAACACAAAAAGGGCCCAAUCCUCAGUAGCCAAAAGACCCGGCCCGCUGCCCGCCAGGUCCUCAAUGACGUCAGCCUCACCGCCAAACCUUGGGAAAUCCUCGCCAUCGUCGGUCCCAGCGGCGCCGGCAAAUCCUCCCUCCUCGAGAUUCUCGCCGGCAAAAUCCGCCCUCAGUCUGCCCGCAUCUACGUCAACGGGCAGCCCGUGGACAAGGCCCGUUUCAAGAAGCUCUCGGGCUAUGUCACCCAGAGGGACACCCUUUUCCCGCUCCUCACCGUGGAGGAGACCUUGAGGUUCAGCGCCCGCCUGCGCCUCGGGCUAUCCGAGCCCGAGCUAACCUCACGGGUCAAGUCCCUUAUGCAGGAGCUCGGCCUGUGCCACGUGGCCGCCACACGGGUCGGCGACGACCGAGCCCGCGGGAUCUCCGGCGGCGAGCGGCGGCGCGUCUCGAUUGGCGUGGAAGUGAUCCACGAGCCGGAGGUGCUGAUUCUGGACGAGCCCACCUCCGGGCUCGACAGCUGCUCUGCUCUCCAGAUUCUCGACCUGCUCAAGGCCAUGGCCGAGACCCGCGGCAGAACAGUAAUUCUAAGCAUCCACCAGCCCGGUUUCCGAAUCGUGAAGCUGUUUGGCUCCAUUCUGUUGCUCGCAAACGGCGCCGUUGUGCACCACGGCUCCACCGAUUUGCUUUCUGUCAACUUGACCCUGAUGGGCCUCCAGCUUCCUGUCCACGUCAAUGUGGUCGAAUUUGCAAUUGAGUCCAUCGAGGCCAUCCAGAGCCGGAAAAUGGCUUCAGCUCGUGAAACAGCCCGGAAAGCGUCUGAGGAUGGCCCGAGUAAAACGGGCCGGUCCACCUUGCAGCAGCUCUUCCAGCAGUCCAAGGUGGUGGACGAGGGGCAUCUCGGUCCUGGCCUAGAUUUCCACCAUGGGUUCGCCAACUCGCGGGCCCGUGAGACUGCUGUCCUGACCCACCGCUUUGGGAAGAACAUCUAUCGGACGAGGGAGCUGUUCGCGUGCAGGUCGGUGUCCAUGCUUGUGUCGGGGCUUGCUCUGGGCUCGAUUUUCUACAAUCUUGAGGACAAUUUGCUCGGGGCAGCCGAGCGUGUCGGGCUUUUCGCAUUCAUACUGACCUUCUUGCUAUCGAGCACGACCGAGGCCCUCCCGAUUUUCUUGCAAGAAAGGGAGAUAUUGAUGCGUGAGACAUCUAGCGGGAGCUAUAGGGUCUCGUCAUAUGCGAUCGCAAAUGGACUUGUGUACCUGCCGUUUUUGCUCUUUCAAGCGAUUUUAUUCUCCGUGCCCGUUUACUGGUUGGUGGGGUUGAACCGUGAUUUUAUGGCUUUCGCGCGUUUCUUGGUGUUGAUCUGGUUGAUUUUGUACACGGCGAAUUCGGUGGUGGUGUGUUUUAGCGCGUUGGUCCCCAACUUCAUUGUCGGUAAUUCGGUGAUAUCGGCGGUCAUGGGGUCGUUCUUCUUGUUUUCGGGCUACUUUAUUUCGAACCAUGGGAUUCCAAGUUAUUGGAAGUUCAUGCACUACAUAUCGUUGUUUAAGUACCCGUUUGAAGGGUUGUUGGUUAACGAGUUCUCGGACUCGAGCAAGUGUUUGGAUUACAUGUUUGGGACGUGCGUGGUGAGAGGGGAGGACGUGUUGAGGGAAGAAGGGUACGGUGGGAAGGAGAGCGGGUGGAGGAAUUAUGUGAUCAUCGCAUCUUUCAUUUUGUUUUACAGGUUUAUUUCCUAUGUCAUUCUGAGGUAUAAAUGUUCCCAGUCGGGGAUGAAGGGGUUUUUCAUAUGA